UACGUAGAAGUGAUAUGUGACGUAACAGACGUUGUAUAAAUAACCGCGCCGCGGCGCUGAGGCGGUCAGAGGCGACUGGCGUAGGAGGUUGCUGUCGUCUCUUUCUUGUUGAAUUGUCGUGAUUGGAACUUCGCGUAAUCUUCGCUUUCGCUGACAGGUCAAAAUGCAGAUUUUCGUGAAGACCCUGACCGGCAAGACCAUCACCCUGGAGGUGGAGCCCAGCGACACCAUCGAAAAUGUGAAGGCCAAGAUCCAGGAUAAGGAAGGCAUCCCCCCUGACCAGCAGAGGCUCAUCUUUGCCGGCAAGCAGCUGGAAGAUGGCCGCACUCUUUCUGACUACAACAUUCAGAAAGAGUCGACCCUGCAUCUUGUCCUGCGUCUGAGGGGAGGCAUGCAGAUCUUCGUGAAGACCCUGACCGGCAAGACCAUCACCCUGGAGGUGGAGCCCAGUGACACCAUCGAGAAUGUGAAGGCCAAGAUCCAGGAUAAGGAAGGCAUCCCCCCUGACCAGCAGAGGCUCAUCUUUGCUGGCAAGCAGCUGGAAGACGGCCGCACUCUUUCUGACUACAACAUUCAGAAAGAGUCGACCCUGCAUCUUGUCCUGCGUCUGAGGGGAGGCAUGCAGAUCUUCGUGAAGACCCUGACCGGCAAGACCAUCACUCUGGAGGUGGAGCCCAGUGACACCAUCGAGAAUGUGAAGGCCAAGAUCCAGGAUAAGGAAGGCAUCCCCCCUGACCAGCAGAGGCUCAUCUUUGCCGGCAAGCAGCUGGAAGACGGCCGCACUCUUUCUGACUACAACAUUCAGAAAGAGUCGACCCUGCAUCUUGUCCUGCGUCUCAGGGGUGGCUGCUAAUUAAUUUUUGGUCAUGCAUUUUUAGUGCCCAGUAAUGGCAUUACUCUGCAUUCUAGCCAUACUUAAAUGUUUCAAUUUAAGUUUAGAAGUUAACCAAUUUCAGUAGUAGCUGAACCUGUUCAAAAUGUUAAUAAAGGUUUUGUUGCAUGAUA